GCGGGCUGUCGGUCAUGGGUGGCGUACACGUGCAUCUGCGGCAGCGGGGAGAACGGGGCCGUGCUGCACUACGGCCACGCGGGCGCGCCCAACGACAAGACGGUGCGUGACGGCGAUAUGUGCCUGUUCGACAUGGGAGCCGAGUACUACUGCUACACGUCAGACAUCACCUGCUCCUUCCCGUCUAACGGCAAGUUCACCGACAAGCAGAAGGUCAUCUACAACGCCGUACUGAAGGCCAGCAGGGCCGUCAUGGACGCGCUGAAGCCAGGUAUCUGCUGGGUGGACAUGCACCUGCUGGCCAACCGCGUGACGCUGGAGGAGCUGAAGGCGGCCGGCAUCCUCCGCGGCAGCGUCGACGACAUGAUGAAGGCGAACCUGGGCGCCACAUUCCAGCCGCACGGACUGGGCCACUUCCUCGGUUGUGACGUGCACGACGUGGGCGGCUACCUGCGCGGCCAGCCGGAGCGGCGCUCCGAGGCGGGCCUGCGGAACCUGCGCACGGCGCGUACCAUCCGGGCCGGCAUGGUGCUCACCAUCGAGCCCGGCUGCUACUUUAUCGACCACCUGCUGAACCAGGCGGAGUCGGACCCGGUGCUGAGCCAAUUUCUGGUGCCGGAGAUGGUACGUCAGUACCGCGGCUUCGGCGGCGUGCGCAUUGAGGACGACGUGGUCGUCACCCAAGACGGCAUGGAGUGUCUGACCGUCGUGCCGCGCACUGUGGAGGAGGUGGAGGCCCUGAUGGCCGAGGGACGGCGCCAGGAGGUGUUUGUACCUCAGCUUCACGCCGAGACCAAGCUGAACCAGUAGUCGGCCCAGCGCCCCUGCUGACCGAGAGCCCAGCUCGACCUAGCCCCAGCUCUAUUGGGGCUGAUCAUGGCUCGCUACGGGUCGUUUCUAGCCGUGUGCCAUCAACCGCGCCAUAAUUCGUAAUCGCUGGUGUUGGUGUUGCUGUUGCAUCGGUGCUUGGGAAUGCGGGAUGCGGUAUUUUAUGUAUAUACAUAUAUGCUGAACUAUUUUCUUAAAUUUUGGUAUGCGUACGUCUCAGACCUGCUGAGUGAUGGAAGCGUCACGUUUUGGAGCCUCAAAUCGUGCAUAAGGCGGACGCAUCAUUUAACGAACGCGAUGAUGUCUGAAUUGCAAGAGAGCAAUUUAUGGCAAGUUUAUCCUGUCGCCUGAAGCCUAUAGCUUGAAAAGUUGUUGCCAGUAUGCGAUUUUGUGAUGCCAAUUAGGAUAUUAUACACGUUACCUAAUAAUGUUCUGAAUAACAAAACGCACAUGUGAAUAAAAAGUUGGCUGGUGCACCUGUUCUUCCA